GCCAUCCUGUACCUGUCACGCAGGUGUGAUAUUUGGAUGUACCGAUCCUGCGCAGGUGUUGUUACACGUGGUCUUCCACUGCGAGGAUGAUCGGCUGUCUAUCCUGUCUCCCUGUAGCGCUGUCUUAGGCUUCUCACAGUGCGGACAUGGCGAUUUAUUGCCCUAGCCACAUCAGCAGUCCUCAUGCCUCCCUGCAGCAUGCCUAAUGCACGUUCAUGCAGAUGAGCAGGGACCCUGGGCAUCUUUCUUUGGGUGUUUUUCACAGUCGGUAGACAAGUCUCUUUAGUGUCCUGCGUUUUUAGAACUGUGACCUUAAAUGCCUACUUUCUGUAAGCUGUUAAGGUCUCAACGACCAUUCCACAGGUGCAUGUUAAUUAAUCGACUAUGGUUAAUUGAACAUGCAUGGAAAACAUUGUUUAAACCCUUUACAAUGAAGAUCUGUAAAGUUAUUUGGAUUUUUACAACAUUAUUGUUAAAAUACACAGUCCUGAAAAAAGGACGUUUCUUUUUUUGCUGAGUAUAUAUGCUGAUAGAAUAUCAUAAAUAUGUUAUGUUAUAUGCUGUUAUCCUCAUGGGUCAUGGGUUGGACUUCUUUUGGAUGCAGUACGGUGGUCCAUGCACAUCCCUAAACCAACCAACCAACCAGACAGACACUCCAUCGCAUGGAGAUUUAGCUCUAUUUGACUCUCCUCAUGCUUGGUGGGUUUUCCCUGGGAUCCUCCCACAGUCGAAAAAUUGCUCGUAAUAAGGGUGUGCCCUGCAAUGGAUUGGCACCCUGUCCGAGGUGGACCCAAAGUGCCCACACACACAUUUGUGGCACUUGUACACAGGAUAGCAUAAAAAGUAGGAACAUUCUUAGACACAAACUUAUGAUUUGCCACCUGCAGCCUUAUUUGUUUUUUUGCAUUACUGUAGUUACACCAUACAUGGGCUGAAAGAGGAGUAAAGUAGGCCUGAAAGAGACAUAUGCUAUGUUGUACAAAGAUAAUGUUAUAUAAAGAGACAUAUUUAUAUCAUCUGUACAUGAAUGAAAUUGCAAAGAAACAAACUAUUUUUAAUUAGGGAUACAAAAAUGGUGUGGAUAGUAGACGUUGAUUACUUUGUGUUUAGAAGAAAAGAAGAAACAUUGUUGAAGUUCAGAGGGGUCGUCCAGAAUCGAUUCAUUUGACUCCCUCGAGACAGGCUCUCGAAGUGAACCGACUCCUUUCUGGAUCUUCCAUCUCCACGCACAAAUCACUCGCGUCCGGCUGCCGUAGGCUCGCUAGCUCCGCGUAGGUGGUGUACCGAAGAUGGCGGCUUGUAGACGUGUGCAGCUUCUUUUAUUGCUUCUAGGCAUCCCUGCUUGCAUUCACUCUGCCCAGGGAGCGAAAUCCCUCACCAGCCAUGCUGAAGUUAAUGCAGGAGACAACGCCAGCGAAGGUAAAAACGCCGAGCCGAAGCCUGGAGCGGCCUCUCAGUCCCGCCGCACCUCCACCGGCUGGAGGCUGGCUGAGGAGGAGGCCUGCCGGGACGACGUGACCAGACUGUGCUCCAAACAUUCCUGGAACAACAACCUGGCCGUGCUCGAGUGUCUGCAGGACCGCAAAGAGGAAACCGAGAUUGCAGCCAGUUGUAAUCAUCUUUUAUGGAAUUACAAACUGAACCUGACGACAGACCCGAAGUUUGAGUCUGUGGCAGUGGAGGUGUGUAAGAGCACCAUUAGUGAUAUUAAAGAGUGUGCAGCAGAGGAGCGGGGGAAGGGAUAUUUAGUGUCAUGUUUGGUAGACCACCGUACCAACAUCACUGAAUAUCAGUGCAAUCAGUACAUCACAAAGAUGACCACCAUCAUCUUCAGUGACUUCCGGCUCAUUUGCGGCUUUAUGGACAGCUGCAAGGACGACAUCAACGCACUGCACUGUGGGAGUGUUAACACUGGGGAGAAGGAUAUACACUCUCAGGGAGAGGUGAUAGCUUGUCUGGAGAAAGGGCUGGUAAGUGAAGCCGAGGAACAGCCAGGGCGUUAUGCGAUUAAAGAAGAUUGUAAGAAGGCCAUCAUGCGUGUGGCUGAGCUAUCGUCUGAUGACUUCCACCUCGACAGACACCUGUUCUUUGCAUGCCGGGAUGACCGUGAGCGCUUCUGUGAAAACACUCCAGCUGGUGAAGGCAGGGUCUACAAAUGUCUCUUUAACCACAAAUUUGAAGAUUCCAUGUCUCCGAAGUGUAGAGAGGCUCUCUCCACGAGACAGAAGUUGAUAGCACAGGAUUACAAGGUGAGCUACACCCUGGCAAAAGCCUGCAAACAGGAUCUGCGGAAGUACCGGUGCAAUGUAGAUACCACAUUACCCCGUGGCAGAGAGGCCAAGCUGUCCUACCUGCUGCUGUGUCUGGAGACCGCUGUUCAUAGAGGGCGCACUGUGAGCGGUGAGUGCCAGGGGGAGAUGUUGGACUACAGACGCAUGCUGAUGGAGGAUUAUUCGCUGAGUCCUGAGAUUGUGCUGCAUUGCCGCGGGGAGAUUGACACACACUGCUCUGGUCUGCACCACAAGGGCCGAACCCUCCACUGCCUCAUGAGAGUGUCCCGUGACAAGGGCAUUGUAGACAACCUCUGUCAGAAAUCUCUCCAGACUUUGAUCCAGGAGACUGAUCCUGGGGCAGAUUACCGGAUUGAUCGGGCUCUCAAUGAGGCCUGUGAGUCGGUCAUCCAGACUGCCUGCAAACACAUCCGUAACGGAGACCCCAUGAUCCUGUCUUGUUUAAUGGAGCAUCUUUACACUGAUAAGAUGGUGGAAGACUGUGAGCAACGGUUGCUUGAGCUGCAGUACUUCAUCUCCAGAGACUGGAAGCUGGACCCUAUCCUCUACAGAAAGUGUCAAAAUGAUGCAGCACGUAUUUGCCACACUCAUGGCUGGAACGAGACGAGUGAGUUCAUGCCCCCAGGUGCUGUCUUUUCCUGCCUGUACCGUCAUGCCUAUCGCACCGAGGAGCAGGGGCGACGUGACCUCAAUGACGGCAACGUUUCUUAUACUUUGUCUCGUGACUGUAAGACGGAAGUGCAGCGCAUUCUUCAUCAGAGAGCUCUGGAUGUAAAGCUGGACCCAGACCUGCAGAGACGGUGUAUGACUGAUCUGGGCAAGUGGUGCAGUGAUAAAACUGAUCCUGGACAGGAGUUGGAGUGUCUACAGGAUCAUUUAGAUGAUCUAGGCACUGAAUGUCGUGAUGUAGUUGGUAACCUGACAGAGCUGGAGUCUGAAGAUAUUCAGAUUGAAGCUCUUUUAAUCCGAGCCUGUGAACCUGUCAUCCAGUCACACUGCCAUGAGGUGGCAGAUAAUCAGAUCGAUACUGGAGAUCUGAUGGAGUGUCUUGUGCUCAACAAACACCAGAAGGAGAUGAACGAGAAAUGUGUUGUUGGAGUCACUCACUUUCAACUGAUCCAAAUGAAAGACUUCCGCUUUUCUUACAAGUUCAAGAUGGCCUGCAAGGAGGAUGUUCUCAAGCUCUGCCCUAACAUCAAAAAGAAGGUGGAUGUGGUCAUCUGUCUGAGCACCAUGGUCAGGAACGAUACGUUGCAGGAGGUGAAAGAUCAGCGCGUUUCCAUGAAGUGCCGAAGACAACUCAGAGUGGAGGAACUGGAGAUGUCUGAAGAUAUUCGCCUGGACCCAGAUCUGUACGAGAACUGUAAGCAGGACAUUAAGGAUCACUGUCAGAACGUGGUGUUCGGCAAUGCUCAGGUAAUUGAGUGUCUGAAGGACAAUAAAAAGCAUCUGACCCAGCGGUGUCACCAGAAGAUCUUCAAACUGCAGGAGACCGAGAUGAUCGACCCUGAACUCGACUUUCAGCUCAUGAGAGUGUGUAAGCAGAUGAUCAGGCGUUUCUGCUCUGAAGCCAAUGCUAAGAGCAUGUUCCAGUGCCUGAAACAAAACAAGAAUAGUGAACUCAUGGACCCUAAAUGCAAGCAGUUGAUAACCAAGAGACAGAUCACCCAGAACACGGAUUUCAGACUAAACCCAGUGCUGAGGAAGGCCUGUAAGCCUGACAUUCCCAAAUUCUGCCAGAACAUUCUGAACAAAGCGAAAGAUGACAUUGAGUUAGAAGGCCAGGUCAUCUCCUGCCUCAAACUAAAAUAUGCCGACCAGCGUCUCUCCCCAGACUGCGAGGACCAGAUUAGGGUCAUUCUGCAGGAGUCUGCCUUGGACUACAGACUGGACCCUCAGUUACAGUUGCAGUGCACUGAGGAGAUCCCGCGGCUGUGUGCAGAGGAAGUAGCAGCCCAGGAACAGACCGGUCAGGUGGAGGAAUGUCUCAAAGUGAAUCUGCUCAAGCUUAAAAAUGAGGGCUGCAAAAAGGAAGUACUGAACAUCCUCAAGGAGAGUAAGGCAGACAUUUUUGUGGAUCCAGUCUUGCACACGGCAUGCGCGCUUGACCUUAAGCAUCAGUGCGCUGCCAUUCCACCUGGCAGAGGAAGACAGAUGUCUUGUCUGAUGGAGGCCCUUGAUGAUAAGAGAGUGAGACUCCAGCCUGAGUGUAAGAAGAGACUGCAAGAUCGCUUGGAGAUGUGGGGCUACGCUGCCAAGGUGGCACCAGCAGAAGGCUUCUCAGACUUGGCCGGUCAGGUCUUUUCUUCUCCUGCUAAGAACUAUAUUCUAAGCAUGCUGGCAAUGUGUGUGGUGCUGCUGUUUUUCAUGGGGCUGCUGUGCGGCCGCAUCACCAAGCGCGUCACGCAAGAGCUAAAGGACAGGUAAAGAGGGUUGCCAGGGGCAGGAGGAUGGGGGGAGACCCAAUGUCCUCCCUUCCUCCUUCCCCAUCCCACAAAAGGGGGGUGGAGAAGUCAGCGGUGCUCCUCUCUGUCCCUCAAUCACCCCAGGCCCUGGCUAUGACACGGUGAAGAGGACGAGCUGAGACUGUGCAGAAAUUCUUGCUACUUGCAGCGGCCAUGUUGGGACCUGAUUUUACCCUCUUUACACCGUCCAUGUUUUCUGACUGCGGUACUCCUGCAUUGUCCUCUGCUUCUCUGUGACCGGACCUGCCUGCUGUGGACAUUUGGGCCGUGUGCGUGCGUCUGCGUAUUCUAAGUUUGGUGUGUCGGCAUCUUUGAAAUAUCCUUUCUCCCCUUUCAGCUUUCUCCAUGUACCUGAAGCUCCUGUUGCAGUUCUGUUUUUCAUUUUCAAUUCAUGUAUUUAUUGUUGAUGCUUUUCUUGUAUUGGAUGUUGUGAGAGGAAUUUUUACGUAUGCUUGGGCUUUGUUGUGCUCAUUUGCUCCCCUGUGGUCUACUGAGGCGAUGAGGCAGAAGCAGCAGGUUCUCACUACUAAAUUACAGACAUAUUGUGUGGUUGUGGAUGGUUGCCAUACACUUCAGUUAUGCAUGGUGACUAGUAUACUUGUGGUAUUAGGUUUGUGUGUGUGUGCUAGGGUUACACAGGUCUGAUAACGUUUUUUUAUUUUCAUUGUUAACUGAUAUUUUAAUUUCAUUAGCAUCGACAUGGGUUGUUCCUUUCAAUAAAGUCACGGCUGAGAUUUUUUUUUCUUCCUCUCUCUGCUUAGUUGCAGAACAUCUAGUAGGAGGAUAACACCAUUUGCUUUGUAGUGUUAUUUAUAAAUAACAUGGUUGAUGUAGUAGGCAUACUACUAAAUAGGGCCUUUUGUGAUUAACGAAGGGUUAAAAAACAUGAUUGGCGUGAAUGUGUGGUGUGAGUGAAUGAGUAAAUGAUUUCUUGUGAAGGUGAAUCAAAAGUUCAAGAUUAAAUAUCUGUCUAUAUGUUUACUUAUUUGCAUUAAAGGGUUUAAGAUUUUAGAUUUUUUUUCUACAGAGGGAUGAUUGUGUCAGCGAUCACAGUUUUGGGUUGUUGAUGGAUAAAGGCAUCCGAUCCACUGGUUGUCAGACACACUGUACUCUUCAGAUACUAACCGGCCGUUGAACAUUAAAGGAAGAGCUUUUCCUGUCUGAGCCAGAAACACUCAGGAUCUAGGGGCCAUAAAGAUACUUUUAAGACGAGGCUUAGGAUGCUUAUAAUCAUUUAAAGAAUUCUAAAUAUUGCAUUGAUGAGGUUAAUGACCUUUGGAAAAAACUUUUUUUUUUUUUUUUUUUUUUACUCUGACUGACAUGCUUGCUAAAUAUUCCAUAGUGGCCUCAGAGUGGAUGCCAAGGCACUCAUGGAGCUCAGGCAAGGCAAAGAUGUGGUUCCUACAUGGCAAUGUGAUUGGGUCUUUCCACUGCAGAGACAGACACCAGUGUGAUACAGAGUAGUAUGUGCACAAGUUAGUCACUUCCUUUGCUUGGAUUUCUUCCGAGUUUAGCUUGUUGGAUGUUCAACACCUGUAGAGGUGUGCUGGUGACUGGGAAGUCUUACAGUGCCAUACAUAAAGACUGCUAAUAGCAUUAUUUCAUACUUUUUUCAAAUCACAUGGUUUUUGUCUGAUUGCUUAUCUGUGCAUUAAUUAACUGUUUUGACAGCCUUAAUUUAUUGUAAUUUUAAGGUCUGGGGUUUGGGGUGUUUUCUGUAUGUCUCAGUGUGUAGUAGUGGGAAUAGUCUUGUACUCUGCUACAAGGGUAAGAGUAAUAAACUUUUUUUUUUUAAUACUUGCUGAAAUUGUUUAAUUCAUCCAGUCAUUGUUGUGUGUUUUUAUACCUGUCACCACCUGCACAACUGAGAAAAUCCCUUUUUAAAAAUCAUGCCCCUUAGACCAUUUUCUCUUGCAUGCGUUCCCAUAAUCAUCUGCCGUCCUUCUCAAAUUACUGAGCCUGUUGUUUCAUGUGCAAGUAUCUUAACACAACAAACCUUUGACAGCUUUUUGGUAAUUGAAUCUGCAACAUUGUUAAAAACAUCUUAGGGUUUUGUCCCCAGAUAUCUAUACCCGUCAACACUCCUAAUGUCGUUUCGGGAGGAACGGCUGUUUGAGCAAAAAGAGCUUUACUAUGGUCUGCGUUCAACCGUGUCUGUUUUUUCAGUGUCAUACUUAAACUUUUUUUUUUUUUUUUUGAUAAAUCAUAAAUCAUGUUGCAAUGCCAUAGGGAGAAGUAAAAUAUUGUCAAUGUACUGUAUUUAGCUGUGGUUUUACAAAGAGGUCUCUGCUUCAGUUUUGCUUUUUUUUUUUUUUUUUUUUGUUUUCUUGUAGAAAUUGUGACAGUCUUGUACAGUUACUCGAUUAUUCUCACAAGAAGCAGAAGGAGCCACGCUUUCCCCAGCUUCACUGGUAAUAAGAAUGUUGGUUUAGGAAAAUUGCCAUGGUGUUGAGCAGGAUUUUCCUCAAAGCUUUACUAAUUUAAUAAAUUCUUCGCUAUUCUAGCAGUUUCCUCCAAAAAUUCGUUUUAUGUUUGAUCAAAAGUUGUUGUUGUUUUUUUUUCAACCAACAGCAAUUUGUAAGUACUGGCCCACAGAAAAUGUCCAGCUUCCCAUGUCACAUCUCUUCAGUAUUAACUUAUGUUGGCUUGAACUCAUGGCUUACAUUCACCCUCACUUUUAGUCUGGCUAGAAAAACCAGCAGUGUCUGCGCUGAGAUUGAGCAUGCAGUCACUUCUCUCAGCCAGCCCAGAAAUCACGGGCAUUUUGGGUGGACCAUUCCUUAAAAAUGUUGCCAAUGAUUAAGCAAGUGAAUGUAGCACACUGAAAAGAUUUCCUCAUAUUUGCUUGGUUACCUCCAACUUUCAGACAGGAAAUAAUGUGAAGUCAUAUUGUAAGUGCUCACUGUCUGCUCUGUGUGACCUUUCUGUAAGUAAACACAGUAAUUAUUAAAAAUAUGGCUGAAAAGGUAAUGAGACUUUUUUUUUUUCCUCAUUGUACAAACUGAUUUAAAAGUAUUUCCCCUCAGAUCUAAUUGUCAUGUAAUAUACAUAUAUGAAAUUGUCUUUAUUGGUUUAUUGGUUUUUGUUAUGUACAAAGUGAUUUGGAAAAUUGUUAAUAAAAUCAAUUUCGCUGGUUUGUAUUUUGAUCCCCCACUUUAAAAGCAUUCAGAAAAAAGAAUUAUAUUGCAUUAGCUACAUUAAAACAAGGAAGGUAAAUUAAACUCUCUCUCUCUUCU